UUGUACAUAUGACAUAAGAAAACUUUUUGUAUAUGUAGAGCUUAUGUAUCCUUAUCUGAACAACUGCGGAAGUGUCAUAGCCUCAAAGCCUAUCCAAAUUUGGAAAGCGACAGAAUUAGGCUUUUUGAUCAGCUGUUAGAAAUCUGGUAACAUAUAGCAUCUUUAGAAUAUCACCUUUACCAAAUUUCUACUAUUCUUCCGAACCACCAUCAUCUAUUUCCAGCAGGAAUGAGCGAAGAAGUACCGAAAGAGCUGGAAUCUAUGAUGGGCGAAAGCCUAUUAUCAGUAAUAACCGCAAAUAAUCCUUUAAAUCAAGGCAAAGAUUUCAGAGUACGGAAGUGGAGACAGUCAGAAAUCAGCAACCCAGGGAGAUCUGAUGAUUUAAAAGCCUCAAUUUGGAAGAGAUCAGACGAAGAUGAUGAUCAAGUAUUCUCAUUUUCAGAAUACAACACAUCUUCUCAAGCGUACAGCUAUAGUCAAGAUGAGUAUGACAGAAUGUUACAGGAUAUAACGUGGUCAAAAGAUGAGACCGAUUACCUCGUUAAUCUCAUCCACGAGUUCGAUGUCAGAUGGCCUGUUAUCUGGGAUAGAUAUGAAUGGAGAUCCGGUAGAACACUAGAAGACUUGAAAGCGAGAUAUUUUGAUAUCUGCCGGAAGCUUAUACAGUCUAGAAUAUCUACCGAUGAGAGCAGUACUAAUCAACUUCUCAGUGCUUAUCAAUUUGAUAAAGGUAUGUUUGCUAGAUAUCUAGGAGAUCCUGUUAACCUGCUCGUAGAACGAGAGAUGCUACGCAAACAAUACCUGAACUCUCUCCUCACUCGAACACCUCAACAGGUAGAAGACGAAGAGCUACUUUAUAUAGAAGCCAAACGCAUAGAGCAAAAUGAACGCAAAUGGAGAAGCGAACGUGAUGAACUAUUCAGAACAGUUUCAAUGUCUUCACGCGAUGAAAAGCGUAAGGCUGAUGCAGCAAUCACAGGUGCAUCUGAAGAAAACAUAACUAAGCGUACUGCUAAGAAUACAGCAUUUGAUGAUCAGAAUUACAUAACACAUACAUCAUCACAAUUACCACUCAAAACUUCAAGCUCUAAUAUACCACCAUACAGCAGAGCAACUAAAGUAUCACAGAAGAUUACACUUCAACGUAUAAAAGAAAGCUUAAAUGAAAUGGGACUGGCUGACAAGCUUCAAUAUCCAACCGCAAACAACGUGACUAGAUAUGAAAGUGUUAAAGAAGCUAUGUCGCAGUUACUUGAGAUACGAAAAGCACAUGAAAAGGUAGCUUCUGAUUUGAACAUUGCCAAAGGUAUCACACCUCCUAAUGUCGCCUCAUCCCCUGCACCAGCACAAGCACCAGAGAGAAGUAUGAGUGUAGAUUCAAAUGAUCCUAAUAAGAAGCGCAAAUUGUAAUUUAUUAUUUGUAUUAAUUUAUCAUUAUAUUACGUAAAC